CGGGUAGUCCAUUGCAGCCGUGGGUGAGUAAGAGGAACUAACCCAAGCAGUAACGAGCUAGUCGCGUGUGCUUGAAGACGUGAAGUGAGUGUCGGUGGAAUAACAAUGCUGCCAUAUAUGCCAUUCGUGAACGAGUAUUGGCCAUUCAUUGUAGCGGGCGUACUUUGCUACCUGGGGGCCAGGUUCGCGUAUAACAGUGCAGUGUCAUGGAACCCGAAACCCAGAGGGGCACAAAGCCACAAGACCCCCGACGAAGCAGAGGUUGCAGAUGAGGAAGAAUAUGAUGAAGACGAUGGUCAGAAUCUAGACCUUACAAGUGCAUUGCCAUGGGAUCUGGAGCAUGUGCCCCUUGAAUUUAAACGCUUGCCUGUGGAAGAAACAAUCCGGCGCUCUAUGGAAUUCUAUAACUUUAUGAGCACUCGACGUACAGUCCGGUUUUUCAGCUCUGAUCCCGUUCCAGCUGAUGUAAUCCGCAACAUUAUCAGGGUUGCUGGUACAGCCCCCAGUGGGGCCCAUACAGAACCAUGGACAUAUGUUGUAAUAUCUGACCCUGAGGUGAAGAAGAAAGUAAGGGAAACUGUUGAAGAAGAAGAAUACACAAACUACAUUAAGAGAAUGGGUGACCAGUGGACCACAGAUUUGAAGCCUCUAAAGACAUCCUGGGUCAAGGAAUACCUAACAGAUGCUCCGUACCUAAUCCUCGUAUUUAAACAGUUGUACAGUUAUAAGGAAGAUGGAACUAAACGCAUCCACUACUACAAUGAGAUGAGCGUUUCCCUGGCUUCAGGCAUCCUUAUUGCAGCCAUACAUUAUGCUGGGUUGGUAUCCUUGACCAGCACUCCACUUAAUUGUGGGCCUGCUCUGCGAACUCUGGUUGGAAGGCCCGUAUCCGAGAAACUCACGCUGCUACUGCCAGUGGGCUACCCAGCUAAUGACGCUACGGUACCAGACCUCAAACGGAAACCACUCGAAGACAUUUUGGUGGAAAUAUGAUUUCAGGCUGUGAGAAACAGACAACAGCUUCAACAAUUUUACAUCACACUUUGGUGACCUCAAUCACAAAUUGCCAGAAAUACUUUUUUUUAAUCCCAGUAUUUUCAUUAAAGACUUAAACUUCCAUAAUGAAAUAAUAAUUUAGAUCACAAUGCAACAGCAGGAAACACUUUGGUAUAACUAGUAGUGCACUACCAGAAAACUAAAUUUGGAGAAAUGUUUCAAUAUACAACACAACAGUGGCAUGAUAAAUAUCUUAGCAAUGUGGUGCAAUUGUUGGAGGGACCUAACAAUAUUACAUUUCUGUACAAUGUAACUUUAGACCAGGAUUCACCUACCACAGCUGUGCAAAGAAGGUAGCAACAGAGGUCCGUAAGCUGCAUUCCACAAAACUUUUCAUUAGGGACAUUUAAAAGACUAAAAGCAGUAAACAUAAGAUUUAUAUAACCUUCACUGCUGUUAGAAGUGAAAACAAUCAAAAAACAGAUAUCAGAUAAAGAUUAAAUGUUCCAAAAAUCAGUAAAACUGCAGGGCACCAAAAUAAUAAUUUCAACAAAGAAUAAACACAAACAAAGCUGGUACUGCAAUAUAAACAUUUGAGCAGAAAUAUCCUGGAAUGAUCAGCUAUACCUAAAGGUUUUAGAAGUAAACAUUGAAGCCUAAUCUGGCAUACCUGACGAUGCUGGCGGCAAAACUGUAGAUAUGUUAAAACCAGAUAAGAUAAAUAGGUAAGUAAAUAUAAGUGUUAAAAUAGAGCAACAACACAAACUGGUUAAAUGCAUAUAGGUGAAGUAAAAUAAGAACCUUUAUAGAUCAUUAUGCAGCAGAAGUGACAACAAUUCUGACUGCACUUGGAAUAACCAGGAAUCUGGCCUCAGCUGUUAACAAACAUACAUGUAAAUUAUCAGUUUUUAUUUCAUCAUUUUACUCUACAUUUACACAAAUCCUAACAUAACGGACCAAGAUUUGGGACGAACCAGUUGUUCAAACAGCACCGUUCACAAGAGAUAUUUAAUGAUAUUAUUGCACUUAAUGGUUAUCAAAUGCUUCAAUGACUCAUACAAAUCAUUACUAAAAAGUAAUGUGUUCUGGGUACCAACUGCCCAUACUAUAAUUAUUUCUGGCAUUGUAUGUGAUUACAGCAGCGCUGCUACCCGGAAUUCUAGAAAAAUGCCUUUAAUUUGAUCAGUGCCGCAUCUUCAGUAUUUGAAACUAGAGCUGUCAAGAUCAAUUAAUUUUAUAAUCAAAAUUUGUUUCUGCUAAUUAUUUAGUAGACAUUAUAUUAUUCCACUUAUUUCUGAAAUUCCAAAAGCAAAAUGUUGGCCUCAGAUAUCACAAAAAUUUGCUGUAUUGUUUAUUCAUGACAUAAAUCUACUGAAGCCAUGGUCACAAAACUGAAUCUUGGGCUGAUUCCCCACUGUUACCAGACAACACCAUCAAAGGUACAUCAGCAUUAAAAUAAUGUACAGAACUUAAAUAAAUAAUAAUAAACUGCUUUUUUCAGUUUUUAAUUUUCUUUCAUCCUUUUAUUUACUACUAAUGCAACAAACUAGGCAAUGUAGGACAAUUGUCAUUUGUUGAAAGAAGAGUGUGGGCCUCAUUGCCCUGGUCCCAUAACUGGUAACACUGCAUUUUACCUCAAUCUUGUGGUGUGGCCAUGGCUACGUAAUUUAUUAAAAUUCUGUAUUUUAAAAUCUUAUAACUUAUGUUGAUGCAAGAAACCAUUCACUUGUCUCUCUCAUCUAUUUUGAAAACAUGCUGAACAAAUUUUGUCCAAGUUCAGACUUUAUAUCAUAUGUCCAUUACUUACUUCCAAAUAAAUUAGUUGGCAUUU